CUAUAUAUUGACAUCAUGAAAAGUGCAACAUUUCGCUUAACUGAAAUAGUCCAUAUAUGCAAAUGAGGAUCGAUAAAAGAAAGAGUGAAUAAUCAUACUUCCAUUGAACUCUCUUAUGCAAUCAAUUGUUGUUGCGGGUAAAGGCACGACAAUAAAUAUCAUGGAACUGGCUAGCUCUCCGAGAGAAACUUAUAGCAAAAUCGUCCUAUCGAAAAAGAAGAUGAGUUUGCUAAGGCGGGAAGGGGAUGCUAAUGGAUUUUUCAUUUGAUGAACGACCUAGCCUUGAUGGGUACAAAAAUUGCUCUCCAUGAAAGAUCAGUUAAUGUCACUUGACUUCGACUCUCAUUGUUUAGACGAUCGAUCAAACAAAUGACUUUCAAGAGUGACCAUGUGGUUAGCUUUAUCUCUUCUCCAGAACUAGCACCUAUCUAUUUAGCAUAGCUAGGGAGGAAUGUACCAUGAAGAGGGGAAUCAAGGGUUUAAGGGAAAUGAUGAGUGACUUCUUUUACCUUAUCAAAGGCUAAAGAUCAACCCCUCAGUAAAUUCAUUAACCCUAGUUACAAACAUCCUCACAAAAACACAAAUUGAUAAUCACCUCUACAUGUUCAAUUUAAAAAAGUCACAUCUCCAAAACCCUUCCAAAGUCUUGAGCAAUGAUUAUGACUUCCUUUUCCUUUUAAGGCAAUGACAUCAAUACCUUAUAGUAGUUUAGGGAUUUCUAAGUGUAAACCAAAAGGAAAUGAAAUAUAAAACUCAUACAAAGUCUUUCCAACCACUAGAGUUAAUGAGACCAGAUGGUUUGUUCUUUAAUGAUAAUAAAACUUCAACCUAGCUGGAGUUCAAUUAAAAAAUUGCAAUUAGGUAUGUCAUCCAGUGGAGGGAGGUGAGGGGGAGAGGGGUCCUAGCCCCUAGGACCCCAGUUGGUAAAAAAUUGGGGAACAAAAUCCUUUAGAUAUGCAGGGUUUAGUACGAUCCUUUAAAUUUAGGACCUCAUAUUCUCGACGAUAUUAGCUUACCAAGGACCCUGAUCAACUCAAAAUUCAGUAGAUACACAGGAUUUAGUGUUAGUAAAUUUUUAAGGACCCUGGCUACGCCACUAAUGUCAUCAUAGAAACACAACAAGAGCCUAAGUAGGAAAGAAUUCAACCAUCCCCAGUUUCGAAUUAAAAAUUGUAGGCAAAGCUUUUUUUCCCCCCACGAGAUACAAGCCAAACACAUUAUAUUAACAUCCAAUCUUCAGAAAAGGAAACUACUAGUGACUUAAAGGUAGUGUUUGGGAACCUGAGAAAAGCUUAAGAGCAACAAAUCAGAACGGAACCCUGACAAAUAGUAAACUACAAAAGAAAGCUCAGCAGCAAAUGAGACUAUAUACCAGAGAGUGAGCAGAUCUAGUGCGAAAAAACCCUAAUAAUAAUCGAAAUGCUGGUGCUAGAUAGUCUACACAUCUUGAUGAGAAAAUGUACUCUUACGAAUCGUGUGUCUCUCCGGCCGGCCGUCACGGUCGCAUCCCGAAUGCCACCUGUGUCGCUAUAUAGAGCAUGUAACCGCCGGCCGGGAAGAGGUAGGCGAAGAAAUGUGAGACUGUCUCUCCGGCGGAUUCGAGUAGCUGCGAAAAGCAGCGGCGGCCGACAGUUGAAUGACGAGAAUGGGAAGGAGAUGAAAGUUGAGAUGUUGUGGUGGGCUUCAUUGAAGCGGACUGAGGGACGGGUUUCAACUUUCAAAUCCAGUUUAGUAGAUAAGGUAAAACUUAAAAGUAAAACCUGCGAGAUUUGAUUUGAGAGGUGCAUGCGUUAGGGUUUAUUAGAUAAAGUUAAAAUUAUUUUUUUAAUUGAUCAUCUUUAAUUGACUAUUAUAAUUAUUAUUAUAUUAAAAGAGUCACGUCAACAAGGAUGAUUUUAUUGCUUAACUUUUUAUUAAGGGUUGUAGGUAUAAUAUGUCCCUCUACUAUGACGUUUUAUCAAACAUGUCCCUCUACUAUUUUGAUGUUGCCCAUGUACUUUGACCAAGUUAUCAAACAUACCCUUCUGCUAAAAUUUCCAUUGAAAAAAUCAUCAAUCAUGGUUGAACCGAGAUUUAGACGACCCGACAUCGGCAAAUGGGAGAGAAAAUAUCAGUUUUGUCCCCCGUUUUAUUUCUCUGAGUAUUUUCAAAGUGAAAAGAUUUGAAUUAUUUGGCUAUACAAAAGAUUCAAAAAAAUUCUAAAGUGAAAUUAUUAGAGAUAUUUUAGACAUUUGUGUCGCCCAAACUAAAGUUCGGUAUUGGUUAACGAUUUUUAGACGAAAAUUUUAACAAAAGUGCAUGUUUGAUAAUUUUUACAAAGUACAGGGGCAUGUUUGAUGUAAAAAAUAGUAAAGGGGUAUGUUUGAUAAAACACCAUAGUAGAGGGGCAUUUAUACCUAUAACCCUUUUAUUAAAUAAUCAAAUGUUUUAAUCGUUUCCUCUUAUCACAAUCUAACCCAAAUCCAUGUAUAUAUAACCUAAUUCGACCCGAUCAAAAUGAGUUGAACCCAAUCUUGACGUCUUACUAGCUUUUAUAAUUAACGAAUUGAGUCGGGUGUGGAUUUUGUUUAAAACUCGCAUCGCAUUAUCAAGCUAGUAAAAGCGACAUUUGAUCAUUUCCUCUUUAUCACAAUCGAACCCAAAUCCAUGUGUAUUUCUACCCGCUCAAAACGAUAUGAACUCGGUUUUGAUGAAUUAUGAGUCGGGAACAAAUUUUAUCUGCUUCUGUAAUUAACGAAUUGGGUCGGAUGUGGAUUUUGUUAAAAACUUGCCUCGCUUUAUCAAGCCAGUCAAAGCGACAUUUGAUUAUUUCCUCUUAUCACAAUCGAACCCAAAUCCACGUGUAUUUCUACCCGGUCAAAAAGAUUUGAACCCGGUGUUGACGAAUUAUGGUCGAACAAAUUUUGCCCACUUUUGUAAUUAACGAAUUGGGUCAGGUGUGAAUUUUGUUAAAAACUCGCCCCGGUUUAUCAAGUCAGUCAAAAUGAGUUGAAUCCAGUGUUGACGGAUUUAGGGUCGGGGACGAGUUUUACCCUAUUUUAUAAUUGACGGGGUUCUUUUUGUAAUUAACCAAAUCUUGGAGGAGUUUUUGUGCCAUCUAUCUAUCUAUCUAUCUAUCUAUCUAUCUAUCUAUACAUAAUAUUAUGGCAAUUCAAAAGUAAUUGUUUGCCACCUAAGCACUUGGAGAGUUCACAACUUGCCAAGGUGGACAAUAUUUUUACAAAAAGAAAAAUAGUUAUUGAUAUCUUUAUGGAGCUAUCUCUCUCUUCAAUUAAUAUUUCAUUUCCCUUUUAUCUUCUUUUUUUGGUAUUAUAUCAAUGUACACAAUAAUAAUAAUGUAUGAAAAGUGACAUAUAUUACCUUUGUUAUCUCUAACUUUUUUAAUAUUUAUUUUUCUUUUCCAAUACUUCCUUUAUGUUUUUGUUUCUACUUUUGCAUUGUAUCGAUGUACACAACAAUAGACUAAUGUCUUUGAGUCACACAUAUAACUUUUUUCUCAACCAAAAUAAUAUCUUAUUAAAGCUCACUAAGUAAAUUUUAACUCACUUUUACAAUAAUUUACAAAUAUGUUACAUUUUGAUGAACAAUUUAUACAAAACACAUACAUAAUAACAUUUUAUCGCGACAAAAUAACGAUGGAAAUUAAAGAGAGAAAACAAAAAAGGUUUGAAUAGAUUAAUAGAAACUUG